UACAAUCUCAAAGGAACGCCUGUUGCUUCUUCACUCGAUUAUGAUGGGUCAAAAGAUAAAUGUUGGAAACAUUAUCUUUUGAGAGGUCCAUCGCUGUGCCUUGAAAAAUGUCGGUGCUUUGAACUUUCCAUCGCUCAUAAUAGCACUUUGUCAGAAAGUUAAGGUUCCUAUUCAAGUCAAUAAAGAAUGAACCCCUAACAAAGGUGCCAUUACUAAGCAUAUUGCUUUAAAAUUUUCUAGCGAAGAACUGCCAUAGCAUUUGGAUCCCUCUCUGGUAUCUUUUCCACCUCGGCCCACUGACACUACUCCAUCAACUUCUAAAACUGCAUUUGAGCAAAAGGUCCUCGAGUCUCUAGAGGUUUUACAACAACAAUUCCAGAAACUUCACUCACUCAAUGCUCACAUUCCCUUUUUUUUCUAAGGAGUUGUCACUGAAACCCAAGGAGGAUGAUGAAGAGGGUGACGAACCUACUGCGGAGAAGCAGACCAUUGCAUAUGGAGGAGAAGCAGAGAAAACCAAAUCUGUCCAUGUUGAAUCUGAGAAGAAAGAUGAUGAUGUAACUCAAGCCCCAGCACCUGCUACCACUACCACCACACUAAGAGCGACAACACCUAUUACUGCACAAGAACGUGCAGUUCAUCAACUAAUCAAUGAACUCACAAAAUCAGACUCUGAUUCUGAAGAUCAGUUGCCUCUUAGUCAGAAAAAAAGGAAACAUUUCAAGACAACUGCUGGAGAAGCAGUCCCAGCUGAGAAUGGUGAAUCCGAGCUGCAGCAGCGUUACAAAUGUGCCGCCAAGAAGUCUACCGAACCAACUUAAGAUCUUUGAUCGUAGGUUUAGGUAGGAAGCAAGAAAAGAGAAGCAAGAAAAGAGAAGUAGGAAAAGAGAAUAAAGGAUGUGAAACAUUGCCAUGGAAAAUGGUGGGAUAGAUUGCCAACAUAAAUGCCAUGGCAAUUCCAGGAAGAUGACGUAACACUCAAUCCACAUCACUCUCAGUCAGCUAUAUGUGUACCUAUAAAUCAUCCUAAAAAGAGGAGUAAAAAAUGUGUGUUGAGAAGGACAGAUCUACCCUAUAAAAGAAGGAGAGAGAAGAGAAGAAAAGGACACAUGGAUUGUGAGGAGAAAAAAAAGAGAUGAGUUACUCUCUUUGAAAAAAAAUCUAGUGGAGAAAUUCAGAAGAGAAAGAGAAGGGAACAUCUAAAGAAGGGAGAUUACAAACGCGAAAGAGGGGAAGAGAAAUCUACCUUGGGUUUUGUGUAGAAUCUGGAUAAGAAGUUAGAGUGCAGCAAGAAAUUCUUGCAGUUUUGCCUUUGUUCUAUUUUCUUGGUGUUGAAUUGUGUGAUUUGUAAAACUUGAAAUAUGUUGAUGAAUGAUAUUGUUUUGGAUUUCAUUGCCCAACCCAGGAGCUAAUUAUCUUCGGGUUGGAAUUAUUUGAGUGAAUAUUGAAUUAACUGUAA